UAAAUCACGUGAUUAAAUAUGUCAGCGCCCUAUAGCUAUGAAAUCUCUGCACUUCUGAAAAACGUUUCUGACUUCUAUUAUUAUUUCUAAGCCUUUUGUGCUGCAAAGAAUUGACGUCUUCAACUGCAGUUUUGUAGCCUUCUAUCGGGUAUUUAGUAGAUAUCUAGAUCUACCCCCCAGGCCCAACCCACUCACACUUCUAACUGUCCAGUGAUGCCUCCGAAGAAGAAGGACAAGUCAAAAGCAGCAGACUGGCUGCAAUGCUCCCUUUGCAAUCGGGUGAUCAGCAACAGUGACGCUGAAGCUCAUUCAUCGUGUUGCAAUCGAGAUUGUGGUUACAUUGAAGGCAAGGUGCUUCAUGGGAGAGCUGUGAAGGCCAACUCAAUACUUGAAGAAGAUGGGACUCCUGUUACCAAAAGCAUCCGAAACUCUGAUGGUACAAUUUGGCUGUCCAUUCCUGCCAUGCAAGUGUGUGGUCUGUCUAUCGGUCAACAUUGUGUAGUGAACAAUGUAUGCGUCAUGAGGUCCUGGCCGGCCAAAAUGCCAGCACUGACGUCUGUUGCCAUCACUGGCUCUUGUCUAGAGCUGUUAGGAUUGGUUGUUGGCGGAGAGGUGACUGUGCAGAGAUUUCUGCCCACGGAAACGGUGACUGAAUCCUGUGCUCUGAGAUUACAGGAGCAGAGUCCAGUCUUUGAAACGGAAGAAUUCUGCAAUUUUGCUUCAUCGUAUUUAGAUGGCUGUUUUAUAACAGAAGACAGCCCCUUGCAGAUCAGAUACUUUGGCCAAGUUUGUGUGUGCUCCGUUGACAGCAUUUGCCACGGUGUUGAGAGACCCUCUCCUGAACUCCAGAACGCAAACACUGCAGCGUACAGUUCCCAACUCGCUGACACCCCCCACAAGCAAGUCAGCCAAAGGGAUGCCUCGUCUUUCACUGAAUCACCGCAGACGAAUAAAGUUGCUGACCUUGACAAUGACUCUGUGCUCAACGCCACGAACACUGACCUAUCAGAAUCAUUAGCCUCCUUGAACAUAUCUGAUGCGGCUCAGAACAUCCAUGCUUCCACUCCGAAAAGUUCACAGAAACCAAAUUACUCCCACUUAGGAACUCCUCAGUUUGUCAGAACUAUUCCGACUUGUGACCACAAAUUCUCUCGUAUCUGUUCCAAAGUGACAAGGAUUUCAACUGUUUCAUGUGAUAGUUCAGGAACUGGUGGCCUGAAGGAUGAUGGUGCGCCUGGCCCAGUUUUAGCUGAUUUAGGCGGGCUUUCAUCUCAGAUUGAGGAACUCAAGUCCAGAAUACAGAGAGCCCAGCAUACCCGGAGCUCAAGUCGAUGUAUUCUGCUGUACGGACCGCCGGGCACGGGGAAAACCAUGUUGGCAAAGGCCUUGACCUCUCAGCUUGACCUCCACAGUGUGCACGUUUCAGGGACUGACGUGUGGAGCAAAUUGUUUGGGGAGGCGGAGUCUAAUUUGAAAAGGCUUUUCACAGAUGCUUGUGACAGAGCUCCAAGCAUCAUCGUGAUGGAUGACAUUGACGUGAUCUGCCCUCGGCGCUCCCAGAAUCACGGUGGGCAGCAGGAGAACAGGAUUGUUGGAACCUUGCUGGCUCUCAUUGAUGGGAUAACCUCUAUGAAAGGCAUGUCGAAGCCGGUGGUGGUCCUGGGCGUCACAAACAACAGAGAUGGCCUUGACCCUGCUCUGCGGAGAGCGGGUCGGUUCGGCUGUGAAGUAGAGGUGCCUGUGCCGUCAGCUGUAGCCAGGGUGGAGAUAUUGAAAGUCCUGCUAGGCAAGCUGUCUCACAGACUUAGUGACAGUGAGCUGACCACAGUAGCAGGGAACGCUCAUGGUUAUGUGGGGGCUGAUCUGUCUGCUCUUGUCAAUGAAGCGUGCAUGCAGGCCUUCAGCCGCCACCAGUCCGACGGCGGAGACUCUGGCUCAUCCAGGGAGAUAACACUGGAGGAUUUGGUCAACGCCGGGCUCCAAGUCAAGCCCAGCGCCUUGAGGGAGGUACAACUGGAGGUGCCUCAGGUUCGAUGGUCAGACAUUGGGGGCAUGUCGGAGGUGAAGAUGAGGCUGAGGGAGGCUGUGGAACUACCGCUGAGUCGACCCGAGGUGUUCAAGGAGUUGGGGAUCGAACCCCCUCGUGGGCUCCUCAUGUACGGCCCACCGGGCUGUUCCAAGACUAUGGUGGCGCGGGCCCUGGCCACAGAGUGUAGGCUCAACUUCCUGGCUGUCAAAGGCCCGGAGUUGUUCAAUCAGUACGUGGGGGAGUCGGAGAAAGCCAUCAGGGAGGUGUUCCGCAAGGCCAGAGCCGCCGCUCCUUCCGUCAUCUUCUUUGAUGAAAUUGAUGCCAUAGCCGCCAAGAGAGGAAGCUCUGGGUCCAGCAGUGGUGUAGAGGACAGAGUGCUCACCCAGCUCCUCACAGAGAUGGACGGACUGGAACACCUCAAGGACGUGUUCAUCAUGGCCGCCACCAACCGACCGGACAAGAUGGACAAUGCACUGCUGCGGCCGGGCCGUUUCGACAGCCUGGUGUACGUCCCACUGCCAGACGACGUGACCCGCGGGGAGAUCCUGGAGAAGAAGCUGGGCAGGAUGUGUGUGGCCGGGGAUGUGCUGAUUGACCAACUGGUGGAGGGUACUCUCGACUACUCCGGGGCAGAGAUUAUUCAGGUGUGCCAGGAAGCUGCUCUGUUUGCCCUGAGGGAGGACAUCAACGCCAAAUGUGUCCACUGGCGACAUUUUGAGUUUGCGCUGACCAAAGUCCAGCCCCAGAUUGAUCCAGCGUUGUUGCAGAUUUACACGAAGUUUUCCCACUUAAAACUCAAGUGACUUACUACAGACUACACAUUGAUCUCAGCAAAUUGUGUACAUGAGGAAAAGAAAAUCUGAAA